ACUACAUGUGGUCCAAUCAGUUGAAGCACCAGUUACGAGCACAGAACCUGCAUAUUACAUAUAGAAUUUGUUGCAUGGGUAUACCGGUCUGCUGUUAAUUACAGUGACAAGUGUUGGCUCUAAUAUUUUAGCUGCAGUGUUACUUGAAAACAUGCGUAAUGAAAAACCUGCUCUCAUCAAGGCCAGGUUUUUAUGCAGACACUAAAUAAUAAAGAACAAUUUUAAUUGCCUAUUUAAUGACCUUUCUCCAUCUUUUCCUUGUUGUGCUAGGACAUUCUAUUGAGCAUGGUUGACACAUCAGUUGACGACAUGUACCACGGCUGCGAAAAAGAAAUGGAAAACAGAGUCAAGACCAAAUACCUAAAGAAAGAAAUGAGCACAUUUUCAGCAGCCUGGACGAAGGCAGAAGAAUGCAGUAAAAAAAAACUAGCAAACAGAGAAGAAAUGCUUCUAACCAAAGAUCACAUGCUAGCAAUUUGUUUAUAUACAGAUAAUGACGUGUACCAGCAGUUUAAUGAUGCCGUCCGGACAGGAAGGAGCCAGAUUAGCUCCUCAUUUAAGUUCCACUCUUUACAUUUCCUGCUUACAUCUGCUAUAAAGGUCUUGAAUUGCAAUGUCCACUGUCGCAUUACUUACAGACGAACCAAUGUUAAGUUUAUUGGUAAAGUCAACCAAAUAUUUCGGUUUGGAUCCUUUACCUCCAGCUCUAAAAGAAAAGACUUGAAAACCUUCGGUAACAAGACCUGCUUUAAAAUUAAGACCUGUUUUGGUGCUUUUUUGAAACACUAUUCGUAUUUUCCUAAAGAGGAAGAAGUGCUCAUCCCCCCCUAUGAGAUGUUCAGGAUAACUGAUUCUAAGGGUCAAAUUAAAGGUCUGGAAGAUUGUGAAGUUGUCUAUGUCGUGGAAAGUUUAGGGCCUAAGAACAAUCUGAACUGUGCAGCUUUGGCAGGAAGUAAAACUGGGUAGCCUUUAAGCUUUUGUCACAUCUGAAUUAAUUCGAUUAGAUAGAACAUAGCUACACUUUCUCUUCGAACCGUGACUUGUUCAGGGUUUGUUUGAUCAUCAUUUUCUUCUUUCUGCUUUUGUCAAGUGAAUACAAUCAAUAAACUGCUUAAUGCAA